ACACUAUCCUCAGCAAAUAUUAAAAUUUCAAUAUUCGUACCGAAAAAGUCAAAAUAGAGAAAACCUAACCUAAUCUGUACAUGGCGUCCGGCGUCGUCUCCGAACUGCCCUGAAAUUGAAUUCUAUACACCUUUCUAAUUUCUCCGUCGAUUUCUUUCUUCCCCGAAGAUGUCCUCCGACGUUUCACCGACGUCUCCGACGGCGCCGCUCCUCCGCUCGCGGCAGUCCUCCUCCACCUCCGCUUCGUCCCCGGUCGCCUCCCGCACAUCGACGCUCUCCCUCCUCCUCUCGCGCGCCGUAUCCACCACGCAGCGCCGUGGUGGCGCAUCCAUGUUAGUCCGCGAGACGGCGGCUCGGGAGCUAGAGGAGCGCCGCGCCGACUGGGGGUACUCCAAGCCCGUCGUUGCCCUUGACAUUAUGUGGAAUCUCGCAUUCGUGAUCGUAUCGGUUGUUAUGCUGAUUUGCACGGCGGAGGAAAACCCUAACGUACCAAUUAGGGUUUGGGUGUGUGGGUAUGCUCUCCAGUGCCUGGUCCAUGUGGUCCUCGUUUGGGUGGAGUACAGGCGUCGGAAUCCGCUGCAGGAUAGGAACGCCGGAGAGGAAGUGAAUCACAGUGAGAACGAAGAGGAGGGAGAGGUCGGCGGCGAGCCUUUCGGCGUCUCCGGUGGCGGAUCAAGUCAGGUUAAACGAUGCGAAUCAAUCAACACAAUGGUGUCGUUUAUAUGGUGGAUAGUUGGCUUUUACUGGGUAAUCACAGGCGGCGAAAUUCUCCUGAGAAGCGCCCCUCGAUUGUAUUGGUUGACUGUGGUUUUCUUGGCCUUUGACGUAAUCUUUGCCAUAUUUUGUGUCGUCCUGGCGUGUUUAAUUGGGAUUGCUCUUUGUUGCUGCUUGCCUUGCAUCAUUGCUAUCCUUUACGCUAUUGCCGGACAGGAAGGUGCGUCCGAUGCAGAUUUGAGCAUACUUCCCAAGUACAGAUUUCAAGUUUGCAAAGAUGAGGAUAGAAUGGGUUGUGGGGCUGGUAGAAUGAUUCCUAUUGAGACAAGCAGUGGGUACAUGACUAAUGAGCGAAUUCUAUCGCCUGAGGAUGCUGAAUGCUGUAUAUGUCUUUGCUCGUACGAGGACGAGACAGAACUACAUGCUCUUCCUUGUAACCAUCACUUUCAUUCUACAUGUAUUGUGAAAUGGCUAAAGAUGAAUGCAACGUGUCCGCUAUGCAAGUACAACAUCCUAAAGGGGAAUGAACAAGUCUAAGACACAGAUACAGUGAAAGGUGGCCAGUUGGCUAAAGAUAUUUUUGCUUCAGCUGUUUGGCUUGAAUGUUCGGUCGGACCAAUGCUAUAGGUAUAUAUAUAUAUAUUCUAAGUAUACAUAUGUGGGGAAUAAGAUUUUAGAAGCUUCUGUAACAAUAUCAUCAUAAGAUAUCCUUUUGGCUAUAGUUUCUCCUUUCCUUUGUGCUGUGUACAUAUGUUGUUAUCGGCUUAUCGCACCUUGUUCAUUCUGGCAUAUGUAUGAAAUGUCUUGAAUAUGUUUAUUCUAUGUAUAGAUUCAGUUAGGUAUGUGAAUAUUGUGAGAAUCCUAGUUGAAAUGUUAGUAGAUGGAUUAAAAGAAGCUAGAUGGUGAUGAUGUGAAAAUCAUGGGAGGCCAUUGUUGUAUUCCUUGCUAUGUGAUUAUUGUGAUGUGUUGAUAGAAGUGAUAUAAAUCUUGGGGACUAACUUCUAGGU